CUUGCUUUCACUUUCAAUGUUUUGAUAACGUCCGUUGUUGACAGCAAAUACGCGACUAUUGCAUUUGGAAACGGAUACAUUACCAUUUAAGGAAUAUAACUUCAAGUCACAUUAGAUAUUCGUGUGAUAAUAUGCAAGAAAUGCCGGAAUCACAGCCGUCUAAAUGUGAGGUGGAGCGGAAUCACGAAUGCAUGAUCCUACAACAAAGAAUAGAGACGGCUAGCAUUGGCAAUAAUAGAACAAUGAAGAUGGAGAUGGACGUAUUUAACCCUUCCCACACUACAGAGCUCCAGUUCCUCAGGUCGCGUGUUCGGGAACUGGAGAAAGAGAAGGCCGAAAUGGCGGCUGAAAACCAACGGCUACAUAGCAUGCUAGUGAAGGAGAUCCCUGGCCUGCUGUCCACCAUGUGGCAGACCUUGGGCCAAGCCAACCAGCCCCCCCACCCUGCAGUGUCCCCACAGGCGGUCUCUACGGCAACAGGGAGGGGCGAGAGCUACACGUACACACACCACCACUCCGUGUCAGGACACUUUGGCCAAGGGUUCAGUUCUCCACUCCAUCAUCAGCCCAUGUCCAACCGCUCAGCUAUGACUCAGGACAACAUGAAUGAAAGCAUGUCCAACUUUGGACCCGAGAUGGCCAUCAGUGAGCACAGUGUGGACGGAGACUUGGAGCUGAGUGACAUCACAGAGAACGACGACCCCCACAGCUCUCUGUGUGGCUCAGCAUCCAACCUACCUGUGAUGAGGACAUGCUCAGAGACACACUGCGUUAAUGGAACUGGCCAUGUAAACCAGGUGGAGGUAUACCCGGGUUCCGGUGUCUUCUGUGAAAUGCGGUCCUGGCAUGCAGCCAAUCAGACGCAGUCUCCCACGGCGAUGGCGCGCACCCUGUUGCUGGGCGUGUUCGACAUGGACACCCUGCUUAACAGCAACCUGCGAGGGGGGAGGAGCCGCAGACCAACGUUCCCCAACCACCGCACCGCCCUGGACCCACACAAGCUCAACGCCAUCUAUAAUGCCACGCUGGCCCGCUUCCCAUUGGCCAGGAAGGGGCAAAUUGGCACCGGCAUCAACUCCAAGCUGUCUGAGAUCCGGUUCCGAUCCAGGAGAGCCAACCGGGACCCCAGUUAUCUAUGAAGGACUGUUCCUGCCCAAACGCAAAGUUUUAUUCAGUCAACAUUUUUGUUCUAGUUUUUUGUUUUUUUAUCACAUUAACUGUGUCAGUGUAUCAGUGCAUGUGCCUGCCGAAUGUCUUGCCUAUGAAUUUUUCCACUUUGGCUUCAGCUAGAGAUACUGUGGAAGAGAAUAGCAAAAUUACUCAAAAGACAGCCUCAUGACAGAGGAAGGAUUCAAGACCAGUGGAAAAAGGUACAAAAGAACUGGCUUUGAUGGUUAUAUCCACCCUCUGUCACCGGCCAACCAUUAGCAAACCACACGGGAACAGCCCCCGGGGUAUUCUCUCUGACUGAUAGAGAUGCAUAGAUCCAGGACUGCUGACCCAUGUGUGAUCAACCAGUGGAGGAACGGAGGCUUCAGUCAUGUCUCACCAGACAGACGCCUCUCUGUCGUUGACCUCUACCCACUUAGACA